GACAAGACAGACUUCUAUUCAAUUCCCCAGCCAUGGCUCCCAGAAGGAAUGCGCAGUCCACCGCUGCCGAGCUGUCGCUCGUGCAUCUGAAGAACUGUCUUGUCAACCUGCCUACCUCGUUGGUUACCCUGCUGGUCAACGUAAACACUGCCGCCCAGAAUGUCGUCGUCGAACUCACAUACCGGCCAACUCCCUCCAGUGGGCAGACGGGCGGAGCGCCCAAGGAGCAAUCCGUCUUUGUUGGAUGGACGGGAAUGCCGAGCAAGAGGAGGGCCGCCCAGUUAGUAGGACGGGAUGGACUGACCAGCUCGCGCGGCUCGUCGAGAGAUCAAGAGAUCCAAUUAGUCGAAAUAGACGCGACAUUUGCAAACACCCUCGGCCUCACAGAUGGCGAAAAGGUCAUGGCCACGGUCCACGUCGACCCCCCUCUGGCACACACCAUCAACAUCGAGCCGCUGACGCCUGAAGACUGGGAAAUCAUCGAACUUCACGCAACGUUUCUCGAGCUCAACCUGCAGUCGCAGAUACGAGCGCUCCCCAACCCGGCAUAUGUCCCUACAGGCGGUGCUGCAGUCCCUGCCCACCCAUUAACUCUACAUCUAUCACCGACUUCGACAGCAGUCAUCAAGAUCAUGUCCCUCGAACCCGCACCAGCAGCCGACGUGCCUUUCGUGAAGCUCUCCCCCAACGCCGAAGUCAUCGUCGCACCGAAAACGAGAGCCAAGGCCUCACAGAACAGUGGUGACCACCGGAGCGUCGCAAGCACGUCAAAGUCCAAGCGGAGCGGAGCCAGCACCAUUCGGAGACGAAGUGCCAGGGAGGAAAAGAGACCAUCUUUGCUGCUCCGCGCUAUAGAUAGGGCUGCCUGCAACGAAUGGUUCGAUGAGGGCAUUGCAGAGCCUGGUCUCUGUGUCUGGGUGGAUCGUGACUAUAUCCUGUCCAAUGACUUCAGGGGCAUCAACUACGUUGUGGUGGAUGUUCUCAAGCCUGCGGGAUUGCAAAAGCCACAGCCCGAAGACGGGUCCGCUGCAGUUGCCACCAAUGCAUCCUCCAAGAUUGUCGCAAAGCUGAAGCCAUGGGACGAUCCGCCCAAUGGCCAGGCUGCUGCAUUGUCAGCAGCUUUGUGUGCAGCACUUGGAUGCACGGGCAUCGUUGGAGGCAUUGUCAAGAUCCAGGCUGCCCCUCAGCCUCUCGCCCGUGGAGCUGUCCAGCAAAUCAAGGUCUUCCCCUUUGCGGCUGGCUCAAAGGCACCCGAAGGCCUGAGAUUUGGAAUCGAGACAAAAGCAGAAAAGGAAGAAUCCACCAAGAGGUUUAAGCACAUCUACUCUGGGGCAAAGGGGUCCGAAGGGCUUCUACAAGGCCCGAUAACCGACGGUAUCGUUGUUGACCUGUACGACGGCCUAGAUGCUCCGCAGGGAUGGGAAGGAGGCAUCAUCAAGUUUGAGUAUAGCUCAGAUGUUGCAUCACAAGAGCAGAACAAGGACGCAGCUCUAUGGCUGGCCGGCUUGGACGCGAAAAUCGCAAUCGACUUUCAGCAGCCGGUGCCACGACCCCCUUGGAUUUCCGAGACGGACCUAUUCGAAUUGCAACCGUCUCACGACUCAUUGCUCGUCGGCAUCGACUCGCUGCUCGCAAACCUGCAGUCACACCUUGCUCACAUGUCAUCUGUCCUGCUCACCGGAACAAAGGGCUCCGGCAAGACAUCUGUUGCCAGAUAUCUCGCCAGCCGACUUCGUGAGGAGACGCUAUUCUAUACCAUCUACUUUUCUUGCCGUAAACUAGUGACCGACGAGGCGAGGAUAUCCACCAUCAAAGAGACUCUCAACCGCAUAUUCAUGCUGGCUAGCUGGGGCGCAAGACUGGGCGGCAAAGCACUGGUUGUUCUUGAUGACCUGGACAAGCUCAGCCCGGUAGAGACGGAGCUUCAGGUCGGAAACGACAACGGACGAAGCCGCCAAGUCAGUGAAACGAUCCGAUCUGUCGUGCGCCAAUACUGCACCAAAGACAGCGGCGUCGCGUUACUAGCAACGGCAGAGGGCAAGGACACUCUCAAUAGCGUUGUCGUCAGCGGCCACGUCGUCCGCGAGAUCAUCGAACUCAAGGCCCCGGAUAAGGACGGGCGACGGAAAAUCAUGGAGGCCAUUGUUAGACAGAAUGCAGUAUCCCAGGAUGAGGCUUCAGGGCAGGUGAGCGAUGGCAGUCGGCCGACGACAGCCAACGGCACUGAGAACUCCGGGGAAGCCAGCGACUGGUUUCACGGGCACGAUUCAGCUGCCAAUGGUCACGAAGACGGCGCUUCGAGCAAACCCGGCGGCUUCAUACUGGAUUCAGACCUGGAUUUUCUCGACAUUGCCGGCUUGACUGACGGCUACUUGCCCGGAGAUUUGACGGUUCUCAUCUCCAGAGCUAGAAACGAGGCCAUCAUUCGAUCCAUUAGUGUGACUCCCGACGACACUAUUGGAGCGGUGCAUCUUAGCCGUGCGGAUUUCGACAAGGCCAUCAAGGGGUUCACGCCAGCGUCUUUGCGCAACGUAUCUCUGCAGAGCUCAACGACUACGUUCAAGUCCAUCGGCGGCCUGCAGGAGACACGUCAGGUCCUCCUCGAGACCCUGCAGUACCCGACCAAAUACGCACCCAUCUUCUCCCAGUGCCCCCUGCGGCUCCGAUCUGGUCUGCUCCUGUACGGAUUCCCUGGCUGCGGCAAGACGCUUCUGGCGAGUGCCGUCGCUGGAGAAUGCGGCCUCAAUUUCAUCAGUGUCAAGGGCCCUGAGAUUCUCAACAAGUACAUUGGUGCGUCGGAAAAGAGCGUGCGAGACCUCUUUGACCGCGCGUCGGCCGCCAAGCCCUGCGUUUUGUUCUUCGACGAGUUCGACUCCAUCGCGCCCAAGCGUGGCCACGAUUCCACCGGUGUCACGGACCGCGUGGUCAACCAGCUGCUGACGCAGAUGGACGGUGCCGAGGGCUUGUCUGGCGUGUACGUCCUGGCAGCCACGUCGCGACCUGACCUCAUCGAUCCGGCGCUGCUGCGUCCCGGCCGUCUCGACAAGUCGUUGCUGUGCGAUAUGCCUACGGUCGAUGACCGCGUGGACAUUAUCAAGGCGAUGCUGCAAAAGGUCCGGCUAUCGAGUGAGCUGACCGAGUCGGAAGAGGCACUGAGAUCGAUUGCCGAAAAGACGGAGGGAUACUCAGGUGCCGAUCUACAGGCGCUAGUGUCCAACGCCCAGCUCGAGGCCAUCCACGACGUGCUAGGAGACAUCAACAGCCCGGCAUCUACGACCCGGCGCGGCAAGGAUAGCAAAGGCGGAUCAGCUACAAGCUUUGUGCAGUUCCGCUACGGCGCCGACGGCGAGACGACGGCCCCAGUGGCAGCCAAGAGCAGAUCUGCCGCGCUGGUUGAAAACGCCGCCAUCAUGUCCAAGCUGGAGCAGAUCAAGGUGGCGCGACGAAAGGCCAAGGAAGCCCGCAGAGGUCCCGGCGUGGACGAGACGGAGGGCAAGGAGUCUGCCGACCAGCGAGAAGUGGUGGUCGGCUGGUCUCACCUCACAAAGGCGCUGGAGAGCACCCGAGCGAGUAUCGGCAAGGACGAGAAGGCGAGGCUGCAGAAGAUCUAUCACGAGUUUGUGGUGGGACGCAGUGGGCAGAUGAAGGACGGGCAGGGAAGCAUGGAGAUUGGGGGCAGGAGUAGCUUGAUGUAGAGAGGGGGAGGAGGCGUGUAUAUAAAAUAGACAGACAUAUGGUAUGGGGAUGGUGAGAUUUGCAUCUCAAACUUAGCAUUCGAGAAUAAUGGCGAUAAUAAUAGUUGUUUUGAUGAGUAUGAAAGAAAUGGGUCAGCAGUCGCCUUGACAGCGAGAUAGUGAUCCAACUUUCUCUUCUCCUUCUCUUCUCCAUCUCUUCUCCUUCUCUUCUCUUCUCUUGUCUUUCUCUCUGCUUCGCCGUCUCUGGCUCUCUAGAACAGCAGCCGUCUUGUUGCUCUACUGGCUCGAGUCCUUUGCAAUCAUCUCCCUGACCAAGCUCAAAAUCUCCCCGUGGACGCUCUCCGGCGCAGCCACAAGCCCCCAGUUGGCCGCCAGCGUCCUGCCCGCACCAAAAUUAAUCUCCCUGCCCUCCAGAUCCGUCACUUUGCCGCCCAUCUCCGUGUACAAGAGCUGCGAGCCGGCGUGGUCCCAGAUGUAGGCGCGAGAAGGAUCGCUGCGGGCGCCAACAGGCACGCGAAUCAUGAUGUGCUUCCCCUCCUGUCCCUCGCCGAGCAUCAGGGCUCCAUAUCGCACGUGCGAAGACCACAGAUCGAUGCCGGGGAAGGGCAGCGCGCCAAGCUGCCUUGCCAGGCCCUCGGCGAUGUCCAGACGAGACGACUUGCUGGCCAGACAGUCGACAAGACGCAGGUCCGCAAGGCUCACCGGCGCGGAGAAGCGAUCCAGCUUUCUGGCCGGCCCGAGAUAGUACUCCGUCGACAGCUUGCGGUAGUCGGUGCCCUCGCCGCGGAUCGUCGACAACAUGACGCCGCAACCUGUGGUGUCGACGCCCGUCUCGGACACCACGCCGUCGUCGAGGCUGAGGUUCGGAUAGCACACGACGCUCAGCUCCUCCUUGCCGUUGUCGAUCAGCGCCAGCGAAAUGGCAUACUGCUGGCCCUUGAGAAACGUGGCCGUGCCGUCGACAGGAUCCAUGACCCAGUAUCUGCCCGUGGACCUCGGCGUCCCGCGCCCAGCCAGGUCCAGCAAGUCCAGCAUGUCGGCCUGCGACAUGACGCCCGGCAGGCUAAUCACGGCCCGAUACUCGUCGGCAUUGACCGACUCGUGCUUUGCAAAGUCGUAGCUGGUCUCGCGCACAAGCUCAAAGACGGUCGCCGCCAGCGCCUCGUCCUUGCGCAGCGUCCCUGCGUCUUCCUCGCCCACGUAGUUGUCUCUGGGGAAGAUUUCGUGAAGGCUCGCCAUGAUGAGCGCCUGGGCGCCAAAGUCGGCCAUGGUCACGGGCGUCGCAUCGUGCUUGGAGAUUUCCGUGACGGCCGAGAUGACUCUUCUGGUCAGCAGGGCGGCGCGGAGGACGGUGAGCUCUGCGACAUGUUUG